CCCCUUCUUCUUCUUCAUUUCUCUCCUCCGAUCUCGUAGUUUCAGGCGAUACCAUGAUCCAACGGAGUAGGGUUCACGGUAGCCAAAGGAUCUUUAACCGUUGGAUAUUGAUAAGUGACAGCGGUACGAACGGUGGAUGAUCCUUUAGAGUACCGUAUACCAUAGUUUCCCAUUGGAUCACGAUAAACUUUCCCUUCUGUCUCUGGAUUUUCUCGUGCUCUCCCUCUCUCUUCCGUUGUAGUCCAGGAAACCCUAGCCCCUCUCUGUCUCUCUCUCUUCGAAUUGUUCCUGUGCGAUCGAAGAAGCAAAUAGGUGUUUCUCUCUCUAAGCUGCCAUGGAGGAAGCCUCACUCUCUGCAGAUCCUCCGACAGUCAGAGAUGAAAGCAGAUCCCUUCCAGCCUCUAAUCAGGGUUUGGAUAAUACCGUAAUGGAGAGCACCAUAAAUCAAGGCGUUACAUCCACUGAAAAUUCUGUGGGCUCUGAAAAUGGUGACAUGAGUGGGAAAAUGAUCGUGGGUGUCGAGUCUCUUUCAGAGAAUGCUCAAAAUGAAACUGAAAGACUUGAGAACGUGGAUCCCAAUUUGAUUAUGGAGCAUGGAACUGAGGGUGCGCAUGAAUCUGAAAGUCUUGUAAAUAUUAACCCAAAUGUGGUUGUCAAGCUGUGUCCUGAGGGUGCCAAGGAAUCUGAAAAACUUGCAAAUGUCAAUCCAAAUGUGGUUAUGGAGCUUGAUUCCAGGGCUGCUAACGAAUCUCAAAGUCUUGCAACCAAUGAUCCAAAUUUGGUUAUGGAGCUCAAUGUCGGGUUUGCUAAUGGAUGCAGAAGCCUUGCAAAUGUUGAUCCAAAUGAAGUUAUGGAGAUAGAUUCUGAUAGUGCUGGAAAAGAAAUCGUAGUCAAUGUGAACCCUAUUCCUUUGGGCAGUGUUGACAAACCAUAUAUAGGUAUGGUUUUCGACUCCGAGGAAGCUGCGAGGGAAUUUUAUGAUGCAUAUGCCCGGCACGUGGGGUUUAUUAGUCGAGCCAGUAAAACCGCACGUUCUAUGCGCGAUGGAACAUUCAUUCGACGAGAUCUUGUAUGCUCAAAAGAGGGUUUUCGUGCACAAAAGUACCAAGCAAAAUUGAGGCCACGACCACAAACAAGGGAGGGAUGCAAGGCAAUGGUAAGAGUAAAGAAGGAAGGGUCUAAGUGGAUUCUUACUAGAUUUAUUGAGGAGCAUAAUCAUCCCUUGGGGAAUGCUAGAAAACUAGAUCCUAUGAGACCGCUUGAUCCUAUGAAAGGGAAAAUGGUAGCAGAUGUUGACUCAUCUUAUGUAGGGAAUUCAUUGGAUGAACCUGGAAGACUUGAGAAUGUUGAUGCACCUGCAGUUAUGGAGCUCUGUUCUGGGCGUGCUAAUGAAGAAAUGGCGGUGGAUGUUAACCCCCCUGAUGAGAAUGCUGAUGAGCCAAAGGUGGGCAUGCUAUUUGAAUCUGAGGCAGCUGCAAAGGAGUUCUAUAAUGCAUAUGCUAGGCAAAUGGGGUUUAGCACUCGUUCUAGUAAGACCAUACGUUCAAUGCGUGAUGGGAGGUUUAUUCGUCGAGAUUUUGUAUGCUCCAAAGAGGGUUUUCGUUCAUCAAAGAACCCUGCUACUUUGCGGCCACGAGCACAAACAAGGGAAGGCUGCAAUGCCAUGAUAAGGGUGAAGAGGGAAGGUAACAAGUGGCUCCUUACAAAAUUUAUUAAGGAACAUAACCAUGCAAUGGUACCCCAAGGAAAAGUACAUCUUCUAAGAUCACAUAGGCGCUCAUCAGGUAUGAUGAGAAGCCCAAUGCUUACUUUGGAUGAUCCAAGUGCCACACCUUUCAGUGCAAACCGUAUUGAAAUUCAUCCUAGUUGGGACCCUAUUCAGACCACGCGAUACAAUGAACUGUGCAACCUAGCGGUCAAAUGUGCAACAGAAGGGGCAGUAAAUGAACUUGUGUACAAUUUUGCAAUGAAAACUCUACGAAAGGCUCAAGAAGAUAUUUCUUUUGUGAGGAAAAAUAUUGGGUCACCCACACAAGCAACUUCCAGAUCUAAACCUGUUUCGGAGGAUCAAGCGAAGAAGAAAAGACAAUGCCUUACAUGCAGGGAUUUCGGUCAUGACCAGCGGAACUGUCCAAAUAAAGGAAAUGUUGGGCCCAAUUUUAACCUAGUCGGGUACAUGUCCCCAACAAGUGAACAGAGCCAUGGUGGGAUAGGUGAAGAAAAUCCAGAAUUCUUCAACAGAACUUCAUGAGGUUGUUCUGACGACAAAUGGUAGCCUUGAUAUGAAUCAACCCUUUGCCUACCCUGAUACUCAGACUGUUCGCCCUUCCCCGUUUGCUGCAAUUUGACGAAAAUCCUUUGUUGGGCAUGUAAGUUAUGAUCCCCUCCAUUUUGAAGCAUUCCUUUUAAGUCUUGGACAAUCAUAUGUAUAGGAGAAGCUUGAUAGGUCACCAGUUUAUCUUAGUUGCAUGUCCUGGUUGGCAUUAAGUUUAUUUAUUCCUGAUGCAUCUCUGUUGUCUUUUGUUAGAUAACCUUCCAUAUGAGUGUGCUAGACGUAUGCAUCGGGAAUUUAAUGUAAGCCAGUUGAUCAUUGAAGAAUGAAAUGAUCAGAUAGAUAUAUGCAUGGGAACAUGUUUGUUGUUUUCUUUUAAAUUUUGGGAAGAGAUAUGGUGAUCUCACCAGACUGUUGUCAACACAAGUUCCACCCCGAAACAUAGGGGUAUUUUUCUCAUCUGAAAAUUUUCAAAUCA